AUGGAGCAGUACUACAAGGCACAAAAGAUUAUGUCCGAUGAGGAGUGGCCCAUCUUUUGGGAACAUCUCAAAGUUACCCUCCCUACUACUUUCCGUAUUACUGGUACACGCAGCCAUGCUGUAGAGAUCCGUGACACAGUCAAGAAUGCUUUUGUUCCGCACUUGGCCAAUAUUUCAGUCGAUGGUGUCGUGGCUGAUCCUCCUCGUCCUUUGCCUUGGUAUCCUGAUGAGCUCGGCUGGCACUUCGAUGUCUCACGUACUCUGCUGAAGAAGAGUCCCGAGUAUACUAAAUUUCAUCAGUUCCUCGUCGCUGAAACAGAGGUCGGCAACAUUUCGCGUCAGGAGGCUGUCAGUAUGAUCCCCCCUCUUCUCUUGGAUGUCCAGCCUCAGCAUUGGGUCAUGGAUAUGUGUGCUGCUCCUGGAUCAAAGACUGCCCAGAUUAUUGAGAUGGUUCACGCCAAUGAACAAUACAAGGUCGUUCCAUCUGGAUUGAUUGUGGCCAAUGAUGCAGAUUACAGACGCAGUCAUAUGUUGAUCCAUCAGACCAAGCGUCUUCAGAGUCCUUGUUUAAUUGUCACCAAUCAUGAUGCCUCACUGAUGCCCUCUUUGAAACUUGCGCCAAACAAAGCAGGCGAUAUUAUUCCUUUUGAAUUUGACCGUGUCUUGGCAGAUGUUCCUUGCAGUGGCGAUGCUACUCUGCGUAAGAAUCCAAUGAUCUGGACUAAUUGGACUCAUGGAGGCGCUAUGGGACUUCAUCAUACCCAAGUCAACAUUCUACAGCGUGGCGUUCAGAUGCUAAAAGUUGGAGGACGCAUUGUUUACUCGACCUGCUCGUUUAACCCUAUGGAAAAUGAAGCUGUUGUUGCAGAGAUUUUGAACCGUGCGAAUGGAACAUUAGAACUGGUGGAUGUCAGCAAUGAGUUGCCCCAGUUGAAGCGUCGUCCUGGGUUGUCAGACUGGAAGGUCUUUACGAAGGAUGGUCAAAUAAUGGAGAAAUUUGAGGACAUUCCAAAGGAUGCCAGAGGCAGAUUUUAUCCAAGCAUGUGGCCACCUAGUAAUGCAGACAAUUUACACUUAGAGAGAUGUCUUCGAAUUUAUCCUCACUUGCAGAAUACUGGGGGAUUUUUCGUCGCAGUUUUCAAAAAGACAGCACCAUUCGUUGUCCCCAACUCCUCUCGAUCUGUGAAAGAAAAGGUGGCAGUACAGGAAAAUGAGAAUGCUAUGGCGUCUGAAGGAGAGGAAGCUGCUGCCGUUGCAGGAGAUAAGCACAAGCUAGAUUCAUCUGCAGCUGGUGGCCAGGGUUCAGAACCUGUAAAGAGAGCUCGUAUGACACGUGCCGAGCGAUUUGGUGCCCCUGGGCCAAAGGAGGAGCCAUUUUUGUUCUUGGAUGCUGAGAAUGGGGAUGUGGAACUAUUUUCCAAAUUUUAUGGACUGGAUGAAGAUUUUCCAAAAGACCAGUUUUUAGUCCGCUCAGAAGGCGAGAAGAAUAAGACGAUCUACUUUGUUAGUGAGGCUGUCAAGAAUAUCCUCAAAUCAGAAGACAUUCAUCGUUUGAAGGUGGUGAAUACGGGAGUGAGGACGUUUAUUCGUCAGGAUUCCAACUCGCCUGCACAAUGUACAUUCAGGAUUCAUAAUGAGGGUAUUGCCAUGAUGCGCCAGUUUGUUUCAGACGCACGUGUGAUGGCUGUUCAACUCAAGGAAGUUAUCACAUUACUUCAAGCACCUUAUCCCAAAAUUUCAGAAUUCCCAGAAAGUAUUCAGGAACGUUUGACGGCUUUGCCUACAGGAUGUUGCAUCUUUGAAUUUGAUCCAGAAUUGGAGGAGGACAAGGACCAGCCUAAUCCUCGAUGGGAAGGUCAGGGCCUUACUGGUUUUGUGAAGAGUAAAUUAGUCUUCCCGGUUUGGAAGGCUCAAGUCAGUUUCAAUAUGUUACUGAAUAAACAAGAGCGCCGGAGUCUUGCUAUGCGAUUGGGUGUUGAUUGUGUGGAUUCUCCUCAUGUGGUUGAAGGUGGAGCCAAGGGUACAGCAGCCAAGGCAGCAGCAGCAGCAGCAACAACAACGAGUGAUGCGGAUGUUGAUGUUGAGACAUCGGCAGACUUAUCGGCAGAUGAUUCACCGAUGGUAGAUCGGUACGAAGGAGCGCCAGCCUCAGGAAAAGAGGAAGAAGAGACUGCAUAG